CGCCGCCACCAGUCGCUGCACCGUUCCGUCCGCGUCCUCGUCGCGUUUAUCAAUCAAUACUCGCGAAUCCCGACUCCCGGAUUCCGGACGUAUUCACGUAUUACACUAUUACGUAUUUACGCUGUGCGCUGAAUGUAAACAUUAGAGCACUGUUGUAGACGCUCACCGAUCAGCGUUCGUUCCCACGGCACACGACCGUCCCGAGUUUACGUCAUUCGGCUUAUUCCACCGUCUGUCAGCCGACCGUCGCGCGUCGCCUCGCGUUCGAGUCUUCUUUUCUCGUCGUUAAAUAUCAAAAUAAAUGUCAUUGUCGCCGUCCACUUAUUGGAAAACAACAUAAGAUUAUUAUCCGCAUCUGCACUGCUACUGUACUACCCCGUCGUCGCAAUGCAAACUCAACAACCUAUUAACUCAACAUUCAAAUUUAUUGAGCGUCGUAAAAAUGAGUGGCGUUGCCUACUCUGUUGUCAUGUCAGAACAGGAACAAUUUUUCUUGGAUUAUGGCAUUUGAUGUUACAAUUACUGGCAAUAAGUACACUUGGAGUGUUUUUACGACACCCGGAGUUAUUAAAACCUGUUCAUAUAACAAGAACUUCAAUAGAACAGAAUGACUUACCUACUGCUUUAGCUGAACGUAAUUUUCCGACUUUUAAUAAUUAUGUUUCUACUGAUGGUUCUUAUCCAUUAUCAAACUAUGAUCAAGAUGAUAUGGUUGAACCUACAAUUGGAGGUAUAAAGGGUGAAAGGUAUUCAUUUGGAAUGUUCAUGGGUCGUCCAAUUAAUAUGGAUGAUUUAAAUUAUGGAGUGUUUUUAAUAUUUUUCACCUUAAUUAUUACUAUUUCCAUGAUUUAUGGUGCCAUCAAAGGAAAACCUAAAAUGUUAAUUCCAUUCUUUUGUAUGCAACUGUUUGAUUUAUUUGUGACUAUAUUAUCAGCUUUUGGAUAUCUCUGUUAUUUACCAGACUUUCAGCGUCUUAUGAUCCGCACCGAAUCUCAAUAUGUGUCUAGUAGUAUUACAUCAGUAAACCCACGAUUUAUAUCAUUCAUAGUCAUUUUUUCCUUGUGUGUUACAAUAAUAUCUAAGGGAUACUUUGUUGGUGUAGUUUGGAGUUGUUACAAGUAUCUGACAUUAAAAAGAAGUUCAGCUCAACCAACUAUACAUUAUAUAGAAUCAAACUUUGUUGUUCAGAAUCUUUUACGCCCAGACUACGAUUUUAACAUGAAAAAGUUUCCUCCUCCACCACCAUCUUAUGCUGUUGCUGUUGGUGAAGAUAAUGCUACCCAUCCUGAUGAACCCCCGCCAUCAUAUAAUACUACUCAAUAGAACAUAAUUCAAGAAAGAUGAUAUUAUUUAUAGUUUUUUAACAUGUCUUUAAUUUACCUAACAUUUGAGUAUAAAAAAAUACAUAUAUAAAAUAUUACUUAUCAGUAUAAAAUUACUAUAAACUAGUCCCUUUGGAAAGACUGGAAGUAAUUUGUUAUGGAAACCAAUAGGUAAGAACUCUAAAUCAAAUGUUAAACUCAUUUUAUUCUUAUAUACAAAUACAAUCUAUUGUUACUUUUA